AAGGAUGGCUUGCAGGAUAUCACGUAAUCUUUUUAUCCUCUUGAUCUUCCGAUGGCUACCACUAGCGGAAGCAUCUCAUUUUCGGCAUGGGAUGAUCAUGUGGGCUCCUACAGACUCCUACAGUAACACGGUACGUUUCAACUUCCGUUUGGCUUGGCGGAGGUCAUCUGGAUCCAACUUCUGUGACCAGAAUACAAUAAACCAAGGUAGUCUUCUUGGUGGAGGUUCAUGGACAGCAAGCUGCACGAAUGCUUCCAAUCCAAAUUGUUUGUCCUCGAUAACGGUCGGUGGCGCUAACUACCGUUGUACCGACUUUAGUACAAGCGAAGAUUGGACCAUGGGCGAAAAUAACUUCACUUAUGCCUUUCCUCCCGCCGGCGAGAUAUGGACUGUGAGCUUUUCUAGCUGCUGCUGGAUUUCAUUGUCCCGUGGUGGCAGUAGUUGGCUGGUGUCUACAAGCGUCAACCUUGCCAGACGAUCCGAUAUUGGAAGAAUCAACUCAUCUCCAAUAUCAAGGAGCGCCGCAUAUGUUCGAUUUAGAGAGGGUUGUCCCCAGUCUCUCAGAAUCCCUGUUGAGGACCCGGAUGGUGAUGUUGUCAAGUGUCGUCACGCAACUUACUCAGAGUCUAGAUUUAACUAUGACAGCUUUCCUUACGGUGUACUUGAUGAGCAAUCCUGUACACUGAAGUAUGAAGGUGGAAGUAACACAGCUGGUACUUACGUUGUAGCACUGACUUUAGAGGACUUCCCGGCAGGAACUACAAACUUUAGUAACGUCAAACCAUUCAGCGCUGUGGGGCUACAGUUUCUUGUCAUAAUCUCUAGUCAUUCUGGUUAUUGUAAUGAUACCCCCGUAUUUACUGGAAACACUCCCCAAGAUGGGGAAUGUUCUGAGGUGCAGGUUGGCUCGGUGUAUACAGCCGUCAUUCAGGUGUCUGUUGCAGACGUCUCAAAGCACAUUGUCGAGAUUGUCACAUCUUCUCCAGUGGGGAUGCAACUAACUCCCUUAAGUAACCAUGGAGGGAUCUAUCAAAGAAACGUCACAUGGUACCCAAGCCAGCAGCAAAUCGGAAAACAGGUGUUCUGUUUUAAAGCACUGGACUCGGCAAGAUUGGAAACUGAAAUGCGAUGUGUGACGAUUCUCGUUGGUCUUAGUAACACUCCACGAGUGAUUAUAGGAAGUCGCAGCCCAAGAAAUCCAAUCAGUACGAGAGGACCAGGCUUUGUCCAGUUGAGCAUCAAGUUUGACCGAGUGAUAAAGAAGCCACGCACCUCCUCUUACAUCAGGCUUGUUCUUUUGCCCGGUGGACACACAAUGUACAAAGUGGACACACUUUCUCAAUACGUCAAAAUCGGUACAAAUGACACUAUGCUGUAUUUUGGAAUGCCCAAAGCAGCGUUCAGCAUGAGUGGAUCAUACGCAAUCUUAAUAGAUAAAGGUGCAGUGGUUGGACAAGGCUGCUCAUAUGCUGGACCGCCCACACCUGGCAUUGAAUCUCUGAGCGACUGGCAAUUCGUCGUAAACGGUGUUUGUCCAUUUGGGUACUACCUCGAUCCUCCAUCAUUUACCAGCUGCGUUGGUAUGUAUAAUAGCGAAAUAAUUAAUGGUGGCUACUUCUGCUUUCUGGCGAUCGAGUGCGUCACCAACGAAACCAUUCGGAACCGAAUCAACUACAAUCAGACCCAAAAGUAGUUGAGACACUGCCAAAAAACAAACCUCGCCUCAAGGUAGAUUUGCCCUCUCACACACCUGAUAUUUCGCCUCUCUUACCUUCUAAUGUUAAGACAGCGUCAACAAAACAUGUUUCAACAUUGG